CGAGCCUGGUCUCAGAGCUCCAGCGGAGCCCGCAGGAAGAGCCUGGCACGUCCCCUCCGCAGCCGCGCACCCGGGUGGGACCAGCCCGCACCCCGCAGAGCCAUGAACCGGCUACCACAGCUGGUCCUGUGGGUCACCGCAGUGGCUGCUGUCACCUGCUCUGGAUUCCAUGAAGAAAACUCUUCUUCACCAAAUCCAACUCAGAAGCUCUCCCUGGUAAAAAAUAGGAUGGUUUCAUUGCAUCAGCCUUCUAAACCAGAAGUCUCUUGUAUCGUCGGCUCUAGCUGUUCAUGGGUGACAUCCACAGACAGUUUUGGAAAACCAGACUGGGUGUUAUCUUCCACUGGUGUCCUGGUGUCCCAGGGGAGGCAGCAGAUGUUUCUGGAAAACAAUUCCUCCUGUGAAGAUGUUGAAGGGGACAUUUUCCUCCUGAACACCAGCAGACUCCCAGAGAGAUGUGAGUUCAGCCUGCAAAGCCCCAUCCUGCCUGGGAGCCUGGAUUCUUGCUUGCUGGAACUGGCCACAUGUUCACAGGAUGCUGUUCCUCUCCUCCAGAGAUUCAGAGUUGAAAUCAAGUAUGUGGAGACAAACAAAAAUACAAUAACUUCUCUGAGAGCUGGCCAAGAGGAGAACGCCAGGAUGAAAUGGAAAUACCUGGUGGCCCAGAUUGGACGAAUAGAGAGACCUUUCAAAAUCACCCUGGUAUAUUCAAACUGUGGAGCACAAGAGGUUGGACUCCUGGCAGUGGGCUCCUUGCAACUCAGGAACUGUUUUCAUGAUAAAGAAAAUCAAGAUCUUUUAAUAUAUGACAAAGGCUCGACCUUUCCCUGCAUUCAUGGAGGCUGUGUCAGCCACCUACAGAUCUGUGAGUUCACCAGUGAUUGUCCUAGCAAAGAAGAUGAAGGAGUGAGAUGUGAAAGUCUCCCAGAGGGUUCACAUUGCUCUUUUGAGGAAGGUCUUUGUGGCUGGACACUGAAUGAAACUGCAGCAUCUCCUUGGUCUAUUCGGGGCUUUUCUAAAGUGAUUCCAGAGGACUCAUUUGUAGGGUCUACUUUGCAAGCCACUGGUGGACACUUCCUCUACCUGCGAGCAGAGAGCACUCACACAAGUGGUAUGGCCAAGGCUUACAGUACCAGCCUGCCAGACAGUCUUGCCACUGAAGACUACCAGGUUCAAUUUUCAGUGCAUGUUUUUGGUAGCUACAAUGGUACAGUCUCCUUCUCUCUCAGGGAAGAGAUAAAGGGAGCUCCAAUCACCUUGCCAAUGUGGGAGAGGGCAGGGAGCUGGGGUGACCACUGGUUUCUCAUCACCUUACCAAUGCCAGUGCUUCAGAACCGGUUUCAACUGGAACUCCUGGCAACCUGGGGCUGGAAUUCCCAAGCUGACAUUGCUAUCGACAACAUUACAUUUGGCCUGGACUGCUUCACUGAUGGAAGACAACAGAGUCAUUUUGGUGGGAAACGCCAGUACCCACGUGAGAUCACUAUCCUGGAUGAGCAACUUCUGAACCCCCUGGAAGAGCCCUCCCUCCCAGGGGACAAAACUGUUGUUCUGUGGUGGUUCUCAACCUGUGGUGCCAGCGGUCCCCAUGGGCCAACUCAAGCUCAGUGUGACAGUGCCUACAAGAACAGCAAUGUGUCAGUGACUGUGGAGAAGGAGGGCUGGCUCCGGGGAGUGCAGGUCUGGAGAGUGCCAGCCACAAACAGAUACAGGAUUUCUGCCUAUGGAGCAGCCGGGGGGAAGGGAGCCAAAAACCACAAUAAGAGGUCCCACGGGGUCUUCAUCUCAGCCACCUUCCACCUGGAGAAAGAUGAGCUGCUGUACAUCUUAGUGGGGCAGCAGGGGGAGGAUGCCUGCCCUGGGGGCAAUCCUGAAACCCAGAAGAUCUGCUUAGGGGAGUCAUCUCUCAUUGAAGAAGAUUACAAAAAAAAAAGGGACCUGAAGGAAUGGGCUGGAGGAGGUGGGGGUGGAGGAGGAGCAACCUAUAUCUUUAGACAGAAGGAUGGGAUUUUCGAACCUUUGCUCAUCGCAGCAGGAGGAGGAGGAAAAGCCUACCUGAAGGCUCAGGACAACUCCCUGGAUGAUGUACCCCUGGAGCAAUUUGAGAACAGCACUGCAGUACCUGGAAUAAAUGGGAGGACUGGGGCAGCAGGUGGAGGUGGUGGUUGGCAAGAUGAGAGUCUGCUACCUCAGGCUGGGAAGUCCCUUCUGGAAGGUGGAGAAGGAGGUCAAGCUUGUCCCCAAGCACUAACCAAGCUCCAGUGGACCACUUCUGGUGGCUUUGGUGGAGGAGGAGGAGCUUGUACUUCUGGGGGAGGAGGCGGAGGGUACAGAGGGGGACAUGCCUCUGACAGUGAUGAUAUCACAGCUGGUGGGCAGGAUGGCAUCUCUUUUGUGAACCCCAUAGGAGAGAUCUUCUUGCAUCCCUUGGCAGCCAUGGAGAGUCAUGGUGAGGUGGAGGUUCAGAUCUAUCUUAACUGCAGCCACUGCCACUCAGACAACUGCAAGCGGGACCCUGACACCAACCUGCCGGUCUGCCAGUGUGAGAUGGGGGCCGUGCUGGCCAAUGACAAUGUCACCUGCACUGUGCCUCAGGGUCCUAUAACUGAGGGACAGCUGCCUCUCCCCCUCCUCGUAGCUGUGAUUUCUGUGAUUGUGGUGCUGGGAAUGAUCCUCACUUGUGGCAGUCUGUCUAUCAUUUAUCACCUGAAGAAGCAGCAGCUGCAAGGAUCCAGAGCACGACUGCAGAGCCCAGAAUAUAAACUGAGCAAAAUCCGUACCUCUGUCAUCAUGACUGACUACAACCCCAACUACUGCUUUGCAGGGAAGGCAGCCACUCUGAGCGAGCUGAAGGAGAUCCCGCGGAAGAACAUCUCUCUGCUUCGAGCACUAGGACAUGGUGCAUUUGGUGAGGUUUAUGAGGGAACUGUGGUAGGCAUUGCAGGGGAUCCCAACCCUCUACAAGUGGCUGUCAAGACCCUACCAGAAGUUUGCUCUGAGCAGGAUGAGAUGGAUUUCCUGAUGGAAGCAUUGAUUAUCAGUAAGUUCAAUCACCAAAAUAUCGUGCAGUGCAUCGGUGUCAGCCUACAGACUCUGCCUCGCUUCAUUCUGCUGGAGCUCAUGGCUGGAGGAGACAUGAAGAGCUUUCUUCGGCAGAACCGACCCAGGAUGAAUCAACCAACCACGCUAACAAUGCAGGACCUGCUGAAUAUAGCUAGGGACAUUGCCUGCGGCUGUAAAUAUCUGGAAGAGAAUCAUUUCAUCCACAGAGAUAUAGCUGCAAGGAAUUGCCUUUUGACCUGUACUGGAGCAGGACGAAUAGCCAAAAUUGGUGACUUUGGAAUGGCCAGGGAUAUUUACAGAGCAAGUUACUACCGCAAGGGAGGAAGAGCCAUGCUUCCUGUCAAGUGGAUGCCACCAGAAGCUUUUCUAGAGGGCAUUUUCACCUCCAAGACUGAUACCUGGUCCUUUGGAGUGCUGCUUUGGGAAAUUUUCUCUCUAGGCUACAUGCCCUAUCCUUGCAAAACCAAUCAGGAAGUGCUGGAAUUUGUCACCAGUGGAGGAAGAAUGGAUCCACCAAAAAACUGUCCAGGACCAGUGUAUCGGAUCAUGACACAAUGCUGGCAGCACAGCCCAGAGUAUCGGCCAAACUUCUCUACCAUCCUGGAAAGGAUCAAGUAUUGCACACAGGACCCUGAUGUGAUCAACACUGAACUGCCCAUGGAGUGUAGCCCCGCACCAGAGGAUGAAGGGAGUACGGUCAUGCGCCCCAACAUCUCCAGCGGGAUGGUGCCACUGCUGGUAAGCCCUUCUCUCACACCUCAGACAACACCUAAGACAUUGGAAUCCCACCAUGCUGGGCACAAACUUGUACAAUGUCCACAAGAGCUACUGGUGGAGAACCUGAGCAACCGGACUGCCCGAGGGCCCAGCCUGCCCUGCCUCAGUGAUUUCAACAGUGGGUCAUGGUUCCAGCAGACCUCAAACCAGAAGCUGGAGCUCAGCAACCCAUCGGCCCACAGACUUAAAAACAAAACAAAAAAUCUUUGGAACCCAACAUAUGGAUCAUGGGUGCUAGAGAAUAUCUGUCACUUCAGCCCCAGCUCCAAGGUCAAAGCAAAUCCAGAGCGGGAAGAUUCAGGCUUUGAUGGGAAUUGCAGUUCUCCUAGCUCUCGGGCAUCUCCAGCAUCUCCAAGUCGAAGUAACUGCCCUCACCUGGAUAUCAGUGGCAUUGAACUGGUGAAGCUCCAGACUUUUCCCUGUGGCAAUGUAAAUUAUGCUUAUGAUGACCUGUGCUACAGUGCUGAGCACCAGCCAUCAGCCUUGGCAGGGGUCGGAGCAGCUGUGCUAAGGAGCUCCAGUCUGCACAGAGAUGAAAAGCCUUUUAGUAAAACAGAGAAAACAUCAAGAGAGAGAGACUCUGGUCUGUCUUUGUCAGAUGACCUGAGUGUUACCCCAGUAUAGUAGAAAUGGUUGCUCCAAAGAUCAGGGAAUGUGUGUGUCUGGAAGGAUUGCUUCCUAUUUCACUUACUCCCUCCACUUUAGUUCCAUCAGAUGGGUGAAGUUUCAACAUCAGCAAUGUUCUUCUUCUGUCUACCUGCUGGAUCCCAGGUUGUUAAAGACACUUGCAUUUCUAUUUCUGUCCUUCAAAUGUGUUCCACUGAACCAGAUUAGAAGUGGAGAACAAUGGCAUUGUUUGUCUGAUUCAGAAUACAGUUCCUAAGGAAAGAACUCCUUUUCAAUCUGCUCAGGUGAAAAGAAAUGGACCUACCAUCCAGCCUCAGUACUUGGAUGGAAAUAAUGACCAACACAGGUUGUGCUUCUUUCUGAACCAAGAAUCCAAAAAUGUGUGCUGUGCCAGCAGCAACCAGCUUGCAAAGGCUGCUACAUUCCCAAGGCUUUUUACAGUCCUGGUGAAUUACUAAUAUUUAUGCACUAUAAGGGAAGUAAAAAAACAAUAGCAGCCACAUUUGCAUCUGCUUUAUUAGUAGACCUUGUGGAAGCUAUUGGUCAAACUGGAAGCAGUAGAAAGAAUGAAAAAAAUCAGGCUCCUCUGAGCAUGUACUUUGUAAACAAGCAAUGAAGAGGAAAACAUUUACCAUUAAAAAAGCAGUAGCUGGUGGAGCUGAUAGUUAUUCCUUUGAAUAGUAAAGGGAAUGUGCUGCUUGCCUCAUAGUGUUGCUUUCCUCACAGCUCCUGGCAUCAAAGGGGCAGCUGGUUUUUUAAGGAAGGGUGAGCUGCAUGGUAUGAUGAGAAAUGGAUUGCCUUUAUCUUUUAAUGGACUUAAAAUGAACUCCAUUUUUGUAAGUAUUUUGAUUUUCAGCAUUAAUUCUCUGUGCUGUGCUGCUAAGCACGAAGCUGAGGUUCUUGGGUAACUAUCUAGCAUUUGGUAUGCUGGAGUUCUUGGUUUUAAUACUCUGAGGUAGAAAGUAAUGCAAGGGAGAGGAAUAGGGAAUGGAAAUCUAAUGCAAACCCCACUUAGGGUGUUCUUUUUACAGGAAGGUGGAAUAGCUCAACCAUUUGAGAAAGCUAAAACUAUGACUUGGCUUCACACAGCUGAGCAGGCAGUUAUUGUUCCUUGCCUUGCAAGUGCAGACUUGCUGAUAAAGGUAGUCAUUUGUUUCCAAGACAGCGCAUUUCUAAGGCUUUCUUUAGUUGUUUAGGAUCUAAACAGGCAUUUACGAAUUAAAGCUGCAUAAUAAGGAGACUGAAAAGGCAAAUAAUUUGGAUUAAGUCUAAAUAGUCUUGGAAACAUUCUGUCCUUGUACCACUCUCAAAUGUCACACUGCCAACCCACAGUGGCAAAUGACAUGCUGUCUUUGUGUGAAGUUGUGUAGUGAGAUGCCAGUUGUAGAUUUCUUUGGUUCCCUUCUGAGGCAAGAGGUUCUCUGGUAUCUGCUUUAUGCUUAGUGAUCAGCUGCAUGUACAGUCUGAAGGUGCAGACCAGCAGGCCAGGGCUUGCUUUGACCACACAGACCUCCUGCCCUUCACACCAGGCAGGGUGGGCACGACUGAGCUGAGGUAAAGAAAAGCAGAGGGAAGAGUCUGAAUCCAUCCUCAGUGAAAGGCAUCUUCAGCACAGGUUUAUGCUUUACUAGUCCAACUUUAUAUCUGUUCCAUGCUUUAUAUAGUUUUAGGUCUUUGACUUUAGAAUGGACAGUUUUAUACAAUGUCAUUUCAGAGCAUACAAUUAUCUUAAAAGCAGGUGUCAAGAGGACAGGAGCAGACUCAUUUCAGUGGUAGCCAGCAACAGGACAGGGGGCAACAGGCACAAACUAAAACACAGGACAUUCCACCUGAGUAUGAGAAAAAAAACUUGUUUACUUUGAGGGUGACAGAGCACUGAAACAAACAGGUAGCCCAGAAAGGCUGUGUAGUCUCCUGCUCCAGAAACACUCAAAGCCCACCCAGACAUGAUCCUGUGCAACCUGCUGCAGGUGAACCUACUUGAGCAGGGAGGUUGGACUAGAUGAUCUUUGGAGGUCCCUUUUCACACAAAUCCUUCUAUGAUUUCCAGAUACAAAGGGUGAUGAUGGUCACCUUUCAGCAAAGAGCCAUAUGGUGUGGAAAUAAUUCCAAAUCCAUCAUGUUGUAAAAUGACAGAUGGUCAGAAGAGAGGGGUCCCUCUGUAUGGGGGAAAUUUCAGUAGACAUGUGGGGACUGAUGGGUUUAGUGACCAAGGGAAAUGAAUGACCUUGCCUCAUACCCUUCUUCCCAUUUCACCUUUGCUUUAGCUCUCUAGUUUCUCUCACAUUAAGUUCAUUGUCUGUCCUGUCUUAUAUCCAGGAACUGCUACAGCUCAGUUAGAUGAGGCAGAAAAGCCCAUUUAGCAGGAAACUUUCUCCUUCUUUAUUGUAAUAAGUUAGCUGAGACUCCAUUCUCAUCAUACAGGAAAAGCCAAUUCUUCAUUCACAUCACUUACUUUAUACAGUUUUCACACACCUCGUGUGCAGCACCUAUUGGCUGGUAGUUUUCUUACUACUUCAUUUUUUGGUCAGAAGGUGAUUUGUGUGUACCUGCUAAGAUUCAGGUUGUUUACAUUUUUCCUUCAUGGGUUCUCAUGGAACAGAUCUUAUUGUUCCAUGAGAUGCACAGAUGCACUUAUUUUUCAACCCAAGAACAGGUUGUUGUGCUAAGGAACCUUUCACACCAAGAUUGUUUUCGCAUGAGAACUUGCAAAUUGCUUAACUACACUUAGAAGAGAUGACAGGCUAGCUAUUAAUUUAAUAGAGCAGGCCUGAUUUUAUGGCACCCUUCUUUUAGAAUUCUUCUACCUGUCACAACACUUCUUUCCUCUUGCAAAGGCUAACAUUUUUGGUCAUAUUUCAGCCUGGCUACCUCUGGACCAUGUUAGUCAAAAAUAAAUGUGUUUACUUUUAGCUAAUUGGAAUUUCAUCAGUUUGUCCUUACCUUUCAGAUUGUAGUACUUUCAUGGUUCAUGCAUUAGUAGGUUUUUUUCCCCCAAAGGUGACCUUUCAAACUUUCCAGCAGUUGUGACUUGGUUUCCCCCUCUGUAGCACUUGCCUCAACAUAAUUCACAAACUUAGAAAGGCCAGUAGUGAUAACACCAGGGAAGCAAUUGAAAAGUGAAGUGAGAGGAGAGCACAGCACCACAGGCAGUCCUGGCUGCAGCUAUGUCCUCUCUUUAUGAACAAAGUGCGAGUCCAGCACAUUGGACACAUACCUGUUUUCAGUGAAUAGCUGCACCAAGGUAAUCAUGUACAGGAAGCACAUAGAUAAAGCUGCACUGAGACUGAACAGAAUUCUAUCCUGAGCAGGAUCUUAUCCCUAAGAAUGAUCAAGAGUGGGGUGUUGAACAGCAACUGUAAGAGUAGAGUAAGCAUGUAUUGAUUAAUUAUUUCUGAGACAGACUCUGAUGGUUUACAACAGCAUUUAGCUCAGGGCUGUACUGAGCCAGAUGCAGUCUCUUCUAACAAGACAAGACAUGGAGAUGCAGAUACCAAAUGGGCAUUAAAAGAAAAAGCUGGGAAUUUUAAAAGAAUUUGCAUCAGCAACUUCAAUUUUGUACAAGCUCUUAACUCUCUCAACUGGAAUGAUCUUCUGUCAGUGUAUUGCCAUGCAUCUUUGAUCUGUAACAAUCUUUUUUUAGAUGCUAUUUAAAAACCCUCAAGAUAAUGAAUUUUUAAUUAAUAUCCUGGAGGAAGUAAUGUUAAUAUUGCUCCUGUUGUGAUGUUGAAUGCUACAUGCUGUACAAACCAUUUUAUCUCAAAAGAAAAAAUAACAGUUGCAGUGAUACACACUACAACCUUCAGUCCUUCAAUUCUGAGACUGAAACUUACUGUUUGUACAAUCAGAUUUCAUAGUGCCCAACUGCUAGAAUUGCAAAACAUAACUUGUGUGAAACUGCUUUUUAAAGAGACAUUUUUAGUGCAUCACCAAUGAGUUAAACCCAUACCAUCAAAAUCAGAUUACUUUGGCAACUGGAAGCCAAAACCCUGUUUCAUUUCCUAGUGGAAUGACAUGAGCUGGAGAUCUGGGAUUAAUUCUGUCCUAUAAUCCAUGUGAAAAGUCCUCCACCACUUCCCUACUGCAGAAUCGGCCCUUUAUAGGGUUCUUAUAAACUGCUCUUCCUGAUAGGUGUCUUUCUUUUAACACUGCCAAAUUGGGUUUGUAAUUGUAUGUAUAUUGUUGUUUUUUGACUGUGUUCAGCAUUAAUACUUUGUUGCUUCGUACAACCUCAUACUUACAUUCUAAAGAAGGGACUGAUUAACAAAAGAUGAAACAAUAAUGGAAAUUCCAAUUUGUCUUUCUCUGCUUUUUCAAUUUGUUGAUAUUCCUGCUUCUCAUUUCUCUGUAAUCCUUGCUCUCCUCAAUACAAAUGCUUUGCAUUUUUGUUUUUUCCUUUAAACAAACAGAAUUUUUAGUUGCACAGAUUUAAGUUGUCCCCCCUCAUAUCAACCCUUUUCCUGAGUUAAGGUCUCAGUUAAUUUGCCCAUAGGCUGGUGUGCACUAAGAAAUCUUUCCAAGACUGAUAAAAUAGGUAUGGACUUUUCAAGUGUAACUUCACCUUCAAAAUACUCUCCCUACUUUCCUGAAAGAGAAGAAAAUGUUGCUGCUGCCCUACUGUAUUUGCAUCUCCACAGCUGUGUCAGAAAGGGACCACACUUCCUUAGACCCUUGAGCUGUGUGAGAGUUUCUCCUGUAGCUCUCUGACUGCGCUCUUUCCUCCUGGCUGUCCACCCCUCUCGAUUCCCUGCAGAGACCUUAGUGACACCAUGCCUAACAUCUUCCCAUCACCUCACACAAAUGGAAAAGUCACGUGAACAGGUUUUGAUUUGUCUUUACCUCUGACCAUGGCAGCACUUCUGCCAGCUUUACCUUUCUGGGUGACUACUGUACAUAGGUAGAUGACACACCUGCUUCUAUGCAAUUUAAAGCUAGACAAGUGUAUACUCCUACAUUUGCAACACAAAAUAAAGAGACGCUAAUGGUGGUUAUUUGUUUCCCUCUCUUGUAAGUACUCUUUGCACACUCUCUGUGGUAAGAAUACACUCUCUCUCGCUGAGAAGUGCUGCCAGUCCUAGAGCGUUGAGGGCUUCUUCUCCAUGUCCACACAAAACUGCCCAGGGGAACAGUCAACAAUCAGAAAUGCUCUGAGUCUGACAAGUGCCUCCUGCUGCACAUUUUUUUAAUCUGCUGUAGGCUAUUCACUAAGAUUUCUGAGUCAGAGCUUACCUUGAAGGAAGCUGACAAGCUUUGUGUGAAUCAGGUUCUAAAGGUAACGUAUACAAUAGGUUUUGGAACCGAGCUCCACCACUUGCCUUCUAGAUGUCUUAGAACUGGUUUUGCUUCAAGAAGU